GUGAGACCCGUUUAGUUCUCCAUAGAAGCUGUAGGAUUGUGCAAUCGUCAGUGAGAGGUCUUCUCCAGCAUUGGUCAUUUCUGUUGCACCGUCUGUGUUGUUCCAUCACACUCUCUGUGGAAGCUUCGACUGCCAUUGCUCGGAUUUGAGCUCUUCUAUACUUCGCCCAAUUGCAAAGGACAAUGGUUAAAACAAAAGGAAAUCCUUUAAGGCAAAAAAGUUGUUUUGGCUUAAGCAAGUUUAAAGAGGCGUAUCGUGGCAACUAUACAACCCAAGGGAAUGAUUUGAAAAAACUCAACGCAGAAGCAGUUGUAGCAUGGAGAAAGUUGUCAUUAGAAGAACAAAAUCACUAUAAGCGUUUGGUUAAGGAGGAAAAUGAUGGUGUAAAAGCUUACGAGGACAUAAAAAAGGUAUACAGAGAUAUUGUGACCUUUACACGUGGAAUUGCAUAAAGACUCCUUAAGCUCCAAGAUAAAAGAAGAGGAAAGGAAGUUGUUCAACAGCAUGAUGGUGAAGAGGAAGAGGAGAAAGAGUUGAAACAUGAUGACAAAGAAGAGGAAGGAGAAGAGACAGGAGAUGAAAAUGAAGAGGAGGGAGAAUUUAGAGAAGAUGAGAAGGAGGAAGAGGAAGGAUAAGUAGAAGGAGAUGAAAAUGAAAAGGAGGGAAAAUCGGGUGCACAUGAAGAAGUAGAAAAGCCAAUUAGAAAAAAAGAUUCUAAAGGUGAAAUGACACUAAGACGGUCAUAACGACAAAUAGUCAGCACUAUUCAUUCACCUUUUUUGGAUGAUAGAGGGAAGGAAAAAGGAGGACAUGAAGAAAGAGGAUAAUAUACAGAGAAAGAAGUUUACCAAUACUGUAUAAAGUCUAUUCCACCCAAUGAGGGACAUGAGUAUGAUAUUCAACCUUACUAGUUCAUAUAUUCAUAAUCGAUUGGUUGAUAUAAUUUUGUUUUCUAUAACAGGAAAAUUGUAGAGAUUGAGCAGUAUUAUCUGACAAGAUAUGAAUGUUGUUACAUUAAUUGGAAGACUUUUGGUCAAUGAGCAAAAAGAAAAGGAUCAACUUAUGCGGCGGCACAUUUUUGAUCCAGAUUUCACGAGAACCAUAAUCCACCAACAAAAAAGAUGGGACUUGGAUAGCCAUUUGAAGGACUUUAUGCCAAUUACCAUCGGAUCUGAUUGUGGAAUGUAUGUCAUCUUUUGCCUUAGACAGUGGAAUAAUACUGCACGAGAGGAAUGGGGCGGCCUUACUAUACCUCCUCUAACAAUGGAACAAUUGAAUAAAAUGAGGAGUGAGGUAUUGUAUUGAUUGGUGACUCAUCCACAUAACAGAGUGGGCUCUCAAGUCAUGACGUCCAUUUCGAAGGCUUGGCAUGCACGAUCUAAAAGAUUGAAAUUAUAGUGUAGACAUUUGUGAUAUGUAAAUUAAACCUUUAUAUAAUUAAG